CUUGGAGCAGCUUGGAUGGAGCGCUGCGGUGUGCUGGAUGGAGAACCUGUGGACUGACAGCAUCACUCUGCACUGACUGGAGACCUCAGCGGCCUGUUUUACCAUGGAGUUUGGAAGAGUUUGGUCCAGAUAUCAGAGAACACUGCUGAUCACCAUGAUGAUGUUCAAACUGGGCCUACUGUGCACAGCAGCGGCAGACAAGUGUUUAUCAUCUCCCUGCAACAAUGGUGCCACAUGUCUUGACCACCUGGGUGACUAUGUGUGCCUGUGCCCCAAAGGACCGGUCUGGUACAUGGGUAAAAACUGCGAUGAGCUGUAUGAUGCCUGUGUCAUGGCACCUUGCACCAACUGUACGAGCAACCCUGGGACUGACGAGUUCACCUGCCACUGCCCGGAUGGCUUCACAGGGCUCAACUGCACCCAGGAUGUGGAUGAAUGCCAGAGCAACCCCUGCAAAGGCAUCCUGUCUCAUUGUGUCAAUGGAGUCAAUGGCUAUUCCUGCCACUGCCCCCUUGGACUGGGAGGAGAGGACUGCCAGGAUAAUGUGACUGUUUGUUCAGAGGGUACAUGCCAGAAUGGUGGCACCUGUGUGGACAUCCCUGACAUUGGGUACCGGUGCCAGUGUGCUGCUGGGUACGAGGGGAGCAACUGUGAGGAGAACAUAGAUGAAUGCCAGUCUGAGCCCUGCCAGAAUGGAGCCAUCUGUAAAGAUGGGGUUAACGCCUACCAGUGUUUCUGCGUGCCUGGAUUUCAAGGCUAUCACUGUGACUUGGACAUCAACGAGUGUGCCUCCCGACCCUGUCAAAACAAUGGCACAUGCAUGGAUGAGGUGGAUCACUACAGAUGUGACUGCGCUGCAGGCUUCAAAGGGAUUAACUGCGAGGUGGAGAUCGAUGAGUGCGAGGUGCUACCUUGCCAGAAUGGUGCCACCUGCCGAGACCGCGUCGCGGGGUACACGUGCGAGUGCAUGGCUGGCUUCCAGGGCCAAGACUGCGAGGUCAACAUUGAUGAAUGUGCCAUCAUGCCCUGUCUAAAUAAGGGCAAGUGCAUAGAUGGGGUCAACAGCUAUGAGUGUGACUGUGAGGGGACAGGCUUUGUAGGCGACCACUGUGAAGAGGACAUUCCUGAAUGUGCUUCUGACCCCUGCCAGCAUGGAGCCACUUGUUUGGAGGGGAUCAACCAGUACAAGUGCAUCUGCUGGCCAGGUUAUGAGGGAGAGAACUGCGACGUGGAUAUAGAUGAGUGUGAGCAGCAUCCCUGUGAGAAUGGCGGUGAGUGUUUCCAGCGCUCUGAUAUCCUGAACUAUGGGACGGUGCCUGAACUCAGCAAAGCCAAUUUCACCUAUUCGGAGGCAGCUGGCUUCAUCUGCAACUGUCUGCCAGGAUUCAUAGGAGACAACUGCUCAGUCAAUGUGGACGAGUGUGAGUCUGCUCCAUGUCAGCAUGGAGGAAGCUGUCAGGAUCUGGUCAACUCUUAUCAAUGCAUGUGUCCAGAUGGAUUCACAGGCGUACACUGUGAGGUGGACAUUAACGAGUGUGACAGCAAUCCCUGCCAGAAUGGUGCCAUGUGCAAAGACGCUGCCAACUCUUAUUGGUGUGACUGCCCCGUGUCGGAGCCCGGCCAGGAGCCCUGGGGUGGGCGAGACUGUGACAUCCUUUUGGUGGGCUGCCAACAGCACCAGUGUCAACACGGAGCAGGUUGCGUCCCCAUGCUGACUGACGAUGGAGAGCACAGCUAUACCUGCCUGUGUCCGUCUGGUUGGACUGGAGAACUCUGCAACACCUCAACCACCUUCUCCUUCAACUCCGAGGGCUACGUCCACAUGCAGCUGCCUGUUUCCAAAAACAGGACGAAGCGAGAGACUAAAGACCACACUCAUGGGCUCCACAUGCAGCUCAGAUUUAAAAGCACUUUGCCCGACAUGGUGCUGUACUACCGGGGAACCAUGGAGCGCUUCGUCUCUCUGGAGCUUGUCGGAGGCUCCCUCCAGGCCAGGGUGAAGUCAGGGAAGGUCCUGCAGGUCACUUACCCUGGCCUAGUCAAUGACGGAGAAUGGCACCAAGUCACUGUAACUAUGGAUGAGAGGCUGGUCCUGGUUGUAAAAGGCCCCAGCUGUCAGGAAGAAUGCCAGGUGAAGAAUGAGGCUUACAACCAUCUGAUCUUCGUCCAGCCCAGCUCCUUUCACCAGCUUUAUGUCGGAGGGGCACCGCAGGAAUAUUUAGCUCGUACGUCCAGUGGAAGGGGGUUCAUUGGCUGCAUGGAAGACUUUCAAGUGGACCAUAAGUUGCUUCUGCCUCAGGACCUAAUCAGAGAGGAGAACCAGGGCUUGGAAAUGGGAUGCAGCAAAAGAAACUGGUGUCAGGAAGACCCAUGCAUGCAACGUGGGCAAUGUUUAGACAUGUGGGUUCGUGCCAGCUGUAUGUGUCAUAGGCCCUACUAUGGAGAAAGCUGUGAGAAAGAGUACCCAUCCUGGACCUUUGGUCAUGAGAACACCACCAGCUGCGCCACCUUUAACAUCUCGGAAACCCAUGGAGACAACUUCACCAUCUCCUUUUCAAUGCGCUCACUCAAACACAACGGUCUACUUCUGCAGCUCCGUCGAGAAGAAAAGAGUUACCUGACAAUCUAUCUGAAGGAGGGCACUGUUGCUAUUUACAGCCCUCACACCACCCUUCUCUCCGAGGCCAAGUUUGUCACUGAUGGCAACAAUAAUUUGGUGACCGUAAAGGUACACUAUGGUCACGUGGUCUUCCCCAAAGCAGGGAAUCACCGCGCCUUAGGGAACGUAAGUGUAGAGGCAGGGGAUGUGGCGUAUGUUGGAGGGCUCCCUACAGGCAAGAGCAUGAAUGCUUGGGGUGGAAACUUCAAGGGCUGCCUGCAGGACAUCCGGCUGGACCACAAGCAUCUGACCAUUGAGGAUCAUCCAGAGGGGGUUGAGGUUUACCAGGCAAGCGCAGAGGAGAAUGUGCUGCCAGGAUGCCAAAGUGAUGACACGUGCAAGGAUGAGCCCUGUUUCAAUGGUGGACAGUGUCAGGUCACCUGGAAUGACUUCAAGUGCAACUGCUCCAUUACCUACUCAGGACGGCUAUGCGAGACGCGUUUGUGGUGCGUGGACAACCCUUGUUUUGACGGAGUCCACUGUGUGGACCUGCAGGAUGGUUAUGAGUGUUUAACUGAAGCCAUUUUUCAGGACAACGCUCUGCAGUAUGUUGCCAACAACUCCCUGACGAGCCCCAUAACCAACAUCACCAUGGACAUACGGACACGGGACACAAACGGAAUCUUGUUGCGGGCCACCAGCAGAGCUGAGGUCUUCUGCCUGGGUCUGCUCAACUCCUCCCUGCUGGUCAAACUGGACAGCGGCGUGAGUGCCGAGCUGCUGGCCUUCACUAGCGACAGAGUCAUCGCGGACGGAGCGUGGCAUCAAAUCCAGCUGACCAUGGUCAAUCCCACGCAGUUGGCGUCCCGCUGGUGCCUCACUGUGGAUGGGCAAAGAGUCGGUGGCAGCUUUGGUGUUGGUGGCAACCUAAACUUCCUCAAUGACACUAAAAUCUGGCUGGCUGAGAAAUACACUGGAUGUUUAGGGGAUGUGAGAGUGGGUGGAGUCUACCUCCCACUCAUAAAUGUACCAGACGCCCCUCAGAUGAGCCGGUUCUCCAGACUUGGCGGGCACGAGCCAAUCAUAGGAUGCCAAGGUGCACCAAUUUGCGAUUCCCAGCCCUGCCUCAACCAGGGUGUAUGCCAGGACCAGUUUAACGAGUUUAACUGCAGCUGCAGUGCAGGAUGGGAGGGGGAACUUUGUGAGAAGGAGAUAAAUGAGUGUUCUUCGGGUCCCUGUGUCUAUGGUACAUGUAAAGACCUUCUGGCAGACUACAAGUGUGACUGUGAGCCUGGAUACACAGGGAAAGACUGUCAGGAUGAGGUGGAUAACUGUCUGGAGUUCAGCUGUGUGAAUGGAGGAACCUGCAUGGAAACAGUGGGAGCACACACAUGUUCAUGUCCUCUUGGAUACAUCGGCAAGCGCUGCCAGUGGCGUUUCCCUCCAGUGGCGUGCGAUGCAAACACAGAGUGUCUAAAUGGAGGGGUUUGUAUAGGAGGAGACUCUGGAGGUAACUGCACCUGCAAGCCAGGAUACACUGGAGCCAGGUGUGAGGCAGAGAUAGACGAGUGUGAGUCCAGCCCUUGUCUCAACGGUGCCACCUGCCUGGACAGACUCAACCACUUCCAGUGUGAGUGUGUGCCGGGGUUCAGUGGCACACUGUGUGAGCGCAACAAAGAGCAGCAUAGGGAGCGGAUCCCCUGGCUGGCAGUAACCAUUCCCCUGACCACCCUGUGUGUGUUGCUGGCCAUCCUGGUAGUGUUUUUCCUCAUCAUGACAGCGCGGAAGAAGCGUCAGUCAGAGGGCACAUACAGCCCCAGCUCUCAGGAGGUGGCCGGUGCCAGGCUGGAGAUGGGCAGUGUCCUCAAAGUGCCUCCAGAGGAGAGGCUGAUCUGAGGCUUGUAGCCCUGCCUCACAGCCUCACAUCCAGUGGAUGUAUUGAUAUGUGAAGGACCUGGAGAACAUGUGCUUUGCUGUGUGGAUGAUAGACCAAUGACUGAUCCUCUAUCAAGGGAAACUACUGAAGCCUCAGAGAUGGACAGGUAGGCUGAGAGACAGACUGAGGCUGUUGGGGAGAGUGAGGUCAAAGGAUGCUCUGACCUUGGACAUCCCCUUGAAGAGUCUUGAGGACCGUCUCAAGCUUAAAUCUCACAGGACCAAAAUCAUGUGAGGUACUAAAGAAAAGCCCCAAAAUCUAUGGAUAUUAAGAAAUGUAUUCACACAGGUUGAAAAUCACUGAGAUUCUCCAACACUCUCCAUGUGGUGGUGUGAGGACAGGCAAGUCAACACUGAAAACCUUUCUCUGUGGACUGCUGAUUCUGUUCUGCAUGGCAGGGGAGAGAUGAAUGUGUGGAGGGAGAAAAAUACAUUUGAAACAAAUUCUGUCAAAUGAAUUUGCAUGAGUAGACAUGGCUAAAUAUUAUCAGGGGAGCCAUUCCUUCACCAACUCCUUUUAGCAGUGUUACAUUACAUAUACAAGGCGUUAAUUGUAAGAAACACUAAUUUGAA